AUGUCCAUCAUCGCUCCUUUUGGGAACCUCAGAGAUUUCUUCCACCAACUUCCUCCACGCGAACAUUCGCGUCCACAACAACCCCAAGAAGGCUACAUCUACAUCCUUCGCGACUCGGAGAGUGGACUUUUGAAGAUUGGAUUUGCCAAAGAUCCCAGAGUACGGAUUAAGCAACACAAUAAAUGUGGUCGAGACUUGAAGGCUGUCUAUGUGUCAGAGUGCAUCAAGUGGACAAAGCGGGCCGAACGGCUGAUUAAGUUGGAUCUGAAGCACCUGUGUAGACCUUGGUUCUGCUCAUCAUGUCAACAACGCCAUGGGGAGUAUUUCGAAAUCACAGAGGAGAGAGCAAAAGCAACAGUAGAGAAAUGGGAGGACUGGAUCAAUAGCAGUCAACCCUACAGUUCGGAUGGUAGCAUCAUUCCGUUGUGGAAGUAUUUGAUCCUUUUCCACAGAACACCUAAGCAAGCAAUGCGAGCUUAUGACCAUGAAGCCCGAUGGGCGCACUGGAGCUGGGUGUUAUCCCCAGCUUCAGAAGACGAUUUGAGGGAUUUCCAAGAUAACUUUGAACAACACGGAUUUGGCCAUCACAGUGGCCUAAUGCUUCCCAGGGAAAAGAGCGAUCAAACAAUGGAACGCGAUAACUUUCCCAAAGAAGUCCUGAUAGAAAGGAUCUGA